UUCCAAACAUUAUGUUUACUUAUUUCCUUGUGAUAAUUUAUGUUUCAGCACACAGCUAUGACUGCUCGAAAAAAUGACGAAGAUGCUCUACAAAACCUUUCAAAAAUAAAUUUGGAAAACACGAAUUCUGAAAGUAAUGUUAAAUAUUUGUUGUUUUUGCAAAACUUGGAAAAACACGAGAAGAUGAUGGAGACGGAACAAGCGGAGCGGAAGAUGCUCAGAUUAAAACAAGAAGAGCAAUUAGAAGAAGUGAUGAAGUUGAUAGAGAUUACGAAAAAUUCGUUGAAGAUGGAUUUCCAGAAAAAGAAACAAAUAUUGAAGCAACACGCUGAAAAGUGGAGGAUGUUGAAAGAGCAACACAAAAAGGAAAUCGAAGAAUUUGAGAAACAGAAUGCGGAUCAAAAAGAAACUGACGGAACAUCGUUAGGAAAAUUACAGGAUCCGCUGAAACCUCUUCUUCCUUUUUUUAAAUCACAAAGGGAUGAAUUUGAAAGAAUUCGCUAUGAUCCUGAACUUGCGGAAGAACACUUUAUCGAGGCUUAUAAGAGGAAGAAAAGUGUCAUUACGGAAGUUUUUGACGAAUUUGAAAAUAUUCUAUGGUCUGUUUGUUCAUUCAGCGACAAGUUGACAUCCAUAAGCUGUUACAAAAAAGAAAUGGACCCGGAUUGCCUAAUAGAAAACGUUAACACUUUGUCGAAUGAGUUGGAAAACUUUGAGAAAGUUACUGCAGAGUUUACCAAGUAUUUGGUGAACACCGAUGGCAUUCAUCCGGAUUUAUACAAAGCCUGCUCGGAUUAUAAAAUGCGACUAGAAACCGUAAUGAAUGACGAAAAUGUUUUUGCAAUUUUGAUGCAACUCCCAGAAGCAAUUGCUGAAAGAAAUCAGGAGGACAUUGAUUUCUAUGUCGAUUUAGCAGAAAGCUUGGAGACCGAAUUAUUGCCUUUCCUUCCAGAGUCUAUUUAAAAAUAAUCGAGUUAGGUAAUAACUCUCAAUUUAAAAAUUUGAUCUGAAC